AUGCCGACAGCAGCAAUGCGCCAGAUCAUCCUGAUCGGCGUCAUCUGCUUUGGGACAAUAGGAAUGUUCAACGCAAUGUCCUCCAUCGGCAACGCAGGCAAACACUCGUCCACCUCACAAAACCUCGCGAUCACCUCAUCCUCCAUCGCAUACAUCGUCGGCUUCUUGGUCGCAGGAGGCGCCCACAAUAUGAUCGGCCCCCGACUCUGUGUUGCCUUUGGCGGCUUUACCUUCUUUCUCUAUGCCGGAGCCAUGUAUAUGGCCAAGGACGACGACGGGUCGCUCUACCCACCCAUUGCUGGCAUCCUCCUCGGCCUCGGCGCUGGAUGUAUCUGGGUCACCCAGGGUGCGAUGAUGAUGUCCUAUCCGACAGAGGACAACAAGGGCAAGUACAUUGCCUGCUUCUGGGCCAUCUACAACCUGGGCGCCGUCCUUGGUUCCAUCCUGCCUCUGACUGUUUUCCUCGCCUCAAAGGGCCCCGACCAGGACGACGUCGCGCCCGAGACCUAUAUCGUCUACAUGGUCAUCAUGGGUCUGGCCACCCUUCUGGGCUUCUUCCUCUCUAAACCCUCUACAAUUGUCCGGGACAAUGGCGACCCUGUGGUAGUAGCCAAGUUUGAGGGCCUCAAGGCCGAGACGCUAGCUAUCCUGUCCGUCUUUUGCGACUGGCGGAUGCUCCUCCUUAUCCCGGCCUUCUUCUUCUCCAACUUUUCUUACACCUACCAGUUUAACGACUUUAAUGGAUACCCCUUCAACAUUGGUGCUCGUUCGCUCAACUCGGCCAUCUUUUGGAUCGCACAGAUCAUCGGCGCCAUCGUCAUCGGCUACAUGCUCGACGGAAUUCCUGUCAAGCGACCCCGUCGAGCCAUCAUUGGCCUCUGUUUCAUUGGAGUCCUCUUCAUGGCGACCUGGUUCGCAGCGCUCAUGAUGCAGAUCCAGCACCAAUGGGACCGCAAGCCCUCCGCCGGGAAAGGGAAUCAGGGUCUCAUCGGCUUCAACAAAAGCGAAAAGUACACAGGACUGGUCGUCAUCUACGGGAUGUUUGGCUUCUGCGACGCUGCCUUUGCCGUUUACUGCUACUGGCUGAUGGGAGCCCUCUCCAAUAAGCAUGAUGAACUGUCCCGGUACGCAGGCUUCUUCAAAUCCAUCCAAUCGCUCGGAGGCGCCGUCGCCGCGCCCCUCGACCUGGCCCGGACCCCCUUGAUGGCCUAUCUGAUCACCAACUGGGUCCUCUGUGCCCUCUCCAUCGCCGCCAUGUUCCUCGUAUCCAGGACCAUCACCGACACCACCGUCGAGGACGGCGAGGACGGCGAGUAUCGGGAGGAAGAGUACGAUUACGACGACACCACCGGAUCUUUUAUUACCGAUGACCGGUCCUCGCAUCAUCAUCACCAUCACGAUCGGGAAGAGCAGCACGAGAUGUCUUCGACCACCAAUGUAGCAGGACAAGCGGCAGGAGCUGCAAUUGCUGCUGCUGCUGCCGCUGCUGCUGCUUCAGGAGCACAGGACUUGCAAUCUGGAGAUUUGGCAAUGCGUUCUUCAGAGGGAACACUCUAUGCAGUCAGCGACAAUGACAAGCGGAUAUCAAACUUUCAGUCCAGUGGUCACCCUUCAUCUUCAUGGCGGUCAAGCAGCAGAGCGUCAGGUUUACAGGAUGGAGGAGGAUACCCAGACCAGGAACUCCGGCAUCUAGGAGGAAGCAACGGCCAUAAUGGCAGUCAUGGGGGCGUCUUGAGCAACGGUCAUUCAGGACUGGGCAGCGACUUGUCGUAUUCUUCUGCGGUCGAUCGGAUGGCGAUUCCCUCUCGGACAUACCAGACGACGGCGUUUCAUCAUAACCCUACGGCAAUGGGUGACCCUUAUAUCUCACCUGCACUACAAUACUCGUCACCGCCCAUGUCGGAGGUACAGCAGCAGCGGCAGCAGGGUGCUCGGACGCUGUGGGUCGAGCAACCAUACCCUGGAGGAGCAGGAGCAGGAACAGGAGCAGAAGGAAUAUCGAGGUCAACAUCAAUCCAUUCGCUCUACCCAGGAUUCCAGCCAUCAUCAUCAUCACCCUUGGAAUCUUCUGAUGCCCCACUGGCAUCCAGUUCAUCGUACUCUCCCGGACCCCUCCCACCGUCCUCAUGGAGCCCACAUUCACACAACAACCCAACUUUGGCUUACUCCUAUGGAGCGCCGUCGUCACCAGUACCACCAACAGCGAUGGCGACAGGGUCAGGGUCAGGGUCGUCAGGACAGAGAAUGUUUAUUCCACCAACAUUCAUGAUCUCGGACGAGUCUUCGCCCUCUAUUCCAUUGUACACCUUCCACCCCGGAUCCAACUUCCAGAACGGCUCCGAUAUGUACCUACCAGUAGAGCUCCCUCAUCUCGGCGCCCAUACUCCACCUCCACCGGCACCAGGAGUACCAGUUGGAGGAGAUACAGGAGCAGGGGCGGGAGUCGGACCCAUUGGAGGCGGAGGAUACUUACAACCGUUCGUACCUUUCGACCCAAUGCUGGGACAACAGCAACAACUCCAUCGAGCCGCAGGCAGUGCAACGAGCUCGACGAGUCGAUACGACGACGACCAAGAAAUGGAUUCCAUCGACACCCAUUCGAUCUCGUCCUCUAUGUCCUCGGGCCACGACUCUAUAUUUGAUGUGACCGAAAUGUCGGACACCCUCUCUCGCCACGCCCACGACUCCGACGAAGAUUAA